AUGAAAAGUUGUGUACACUUCGUAUCUCAGCACCGGAGGGCACCGGAGAGAGAGUGUCCACAGACUGAUGGAACAUCCGUGGCAACGUGCCAAAAUGGUCAAUGGCAGCCACCCACAAUGGGAACGUGCACGAAUAACAACAGCAACGGCCUCGGCUCGCCUAUGAACACCGGCCUCGGCUCUAGCGGCUCUUCAAACGUGGUUCCUGGCUUGUCAGGCUCACUACCCUGUCCCCUGGGUGUUGUUCCACCGCUGAAUGGCAAUGUUGUAUAUAGCUCAACACCACCAUAUUCGCAAGGAACGACAGCCACCUUAACGUGCAAUGCCGGAUUCGUCGUAAAGGGACAAAGUACGGUAUCGUGUCAGAACGGACUCUUUGGCGUUCUGGGAACGUGCGAAAAAGUUUCCGUUUAG